AGUGGAAAAAAGGAAGAAGGCGGUGGCGGCGCCUGAGCUGCCUGUAAAGAAAGUAAACAUCAACAAACGUUAACCAUGACGGAUGCUGUUGUUAACGAAAAAAGGGGUAUUUUGAAGAGGAAAGUCGAAGAGGGAAGUCACAUUGAUGAAGGGGAUGAGAGCGGACAGAAUAAUAAACUGCCCAGGAAGCAGACGAAUCACAGACUCUGCCCCUACCUAGACACCAUUAAUAGACAUGUCCUCGACUUUGAUUUUGAAAAGCUGUGCAGUGUUUCAUUAUCUCGAAUCAAUGUCUAUGCUUGUUUGGUUUGUGGUAAAUACUUUCAAGGAAGGGGAAUAAAUACUCAUGCUUAUACUCACAGUGUAAGUGAAAGUCAUCAUGUGUUCCUAAAUCUUCUCACGCUGAAGUUUUACUGCUUGCCAGACAACUAUGAAAUCAUUGAUUCAUCACUGGAUGAUAUUAAAUAUGUGUUAAAUCCUACUUUUGACUCAGAACACAUCAGAUGCCUUGAUACUAGUGACAAAAUGUCAAGAGCAAUUGAAGGAACUCUGUACAUGCCUGGAAUUGUUGGUCUGAAUAAUAUCAAAGCCAAUGAUUACUGUAAUGUUAUUUUACAGGCAUUGUCUCAUGUUACACCUUUACGUGACUACUUUCUUCGCGAGAUUAACUACUCACGUGUGAAAAGACCUCCUGGUGAUAGCAUGUUCCUCCUCGUUCAAAGAUUUGGAGAGCUCAUGAGAAAGUUGUGGAACCCCAGGAAUUUUAAAGUCCAUGUUUCACCUCAUGAAAUGUUGCAGGCCGUUGUUCUUUGGAGCAAGAAGAAGUUUCAAAUAACUAAACAAGGAGACCCUGUUGAAUUUUUGUCUUGGUUUUUAAACGCUUUGCAUAUGGCUCUCAAUGGCACUAAAAAAUCUGAUUCCUCAAUAAUUUACAAGUCAUUCUUGGGUUCCAUGCGAAUAUACACUCGCAAAAUUCCUUCGACUGAAUUGGAUGACAAACAGAAAGCAGCAAUGUUAUUGACAUCAGAAUACCAGGAUGUGGUCACUGAGUCGCCAUUCUUGUAUCUAACCUGUGACCUCCCGCCCCCACCUCUGUUUAAAGAUGAAACAGUGGAGAAUAUAAUUCCACAGGUCAACCUGUAUACUCUGCUAGCCAAGUUCAAUGCAACAACUGAGAAGGAAUACAAGACAGUGAAAGAAGACUUUAUGAAGAGGUUUGAAAUCAUUCAGCUGCCUACAUACCUUAUUUUGUACAUAAAGAGAUUUACUAAAAACACCUUCUUCAUAGAGAAGAACCCUACAAUUGUCAACUUUCCUGUAAAGAAUAUUGAUUUUGGGGAUAUUCUAACACCAGAGGUAAAAGCAAAACACAAACAGACAAUGUAUAAUUUGGUUGCAAAUAUUGUUCAUGAUGGAGAGCCAGGGAAGGGGACCUAUCGAGUACAUCUUCUACACAAGGGAACUGGAAAAUGGUAUGAAAUGCAGGAUCUCCAUGUCACAGACAUACUUCCCCAGAUGAUCACACUCACUGAAGCCUACAUUCAAAUUUAUGAAAUGAAGCAGGACUAACAUAGCAUGUUAGAACAUUCUGUAACAUUUUAGAAAGCAGCUCUAUUACAGAAGAGUAGGAAUGAAUCAAAUACUUCUCAUUAAUAAUUAAAUCAUAUAUUUUGAUUUAAAAUAAAUCACUUCUACAAGA